AUGAAGCUGCUGGCUGCCCUCACUUCGGCGUUGGCAUGGGGCGUGAGCCUUGUCGAAGCCAAGGCCGUGUUUGCUCACUAUAUGGUGGGCAACACCAAGUCCCUUGGCUUGAUCGACUGGAGACAUAAGAUGCAGGCCGCCCAAGCUGCAGGCAUAGAUGCCUUUGUGCUGAACAUGGCCAACAAGGACCCCACUAACGACAUUGCCCUGCCCAUGGCCUUCACCGCGGCCGAUGACAUUGGCUUUCAGCUCCUCUUUUCAUUCGACUACGCCGGCAAUGGCCCCUGGGACAAGUCUGUCGUCAUCGACAUGAUCAAGGGAUACAGCACCAAAGACACCUACUUCAAGAUGGCCGGGAAGCCAUUCGUCUCAACCUUUGAGGGUCCCAAUAAUGCCGACGACUGGAAGGAUAUCAAGAAGGAGACUAACUGUUUCUUCAUGCCUGACUGGUCAUCUGUCAGUGCCCAGCCAGCCGACGCCUGGCCGAAGGGGCCGGCCAACAUGACAACCUAUCCCAACACCUUAUACUACGACUUUUUGGGUUCGAAGCCGUACAUGAUGCCUAUCUCCCCAUGCAACGACAUGUGGUUCCAGUGCUGGCAGCAGGCCAUCUCCCUCAACCGCCAGCCCGACUUCAUCAAGAUCAUUUCAUGGAAUGACUACGGCGAGUCGCACUAUAUCAGCCCCCUGGACGACUGCCAGUAUGAGGCUUUUGACAUUGGCCGUGCUCCUUUCAACUACAUUAAGGAUAUGCCCCACAACGGCUGGCGUGAGACGCUCCCGUACUACAUCUCCAUGUAUAAGUCUGGAACCGCCACCGUCACGGAAGAGCGCCUUGUGGCAUGGUACCAAGUCAACAAGAAUGGGGCCUGUUCUGACGGCGGCACCACCAGCAACACGGCGAACCAGCUGGUCUUUUACGAUGUGCUCCUCACAAGCAACGCCCAGGUCCAAGUCAGCAUUAGCGGCGUGGUUCAGGCCGGCGGAUGGGACCAGGAACCCCAUGGGGCGUUGGUGUUUACCACAGCAGCCGGUCAAGUUGUGGUGAUGGUGAAGAGAGGGGGCGCGACCAUUGCCACCAUCAUGGGGGCGUCCAUCACCAGCAGCUGCAAUGGAGGCCUCAACAAUUACAGCCCUUGGGUGGGGAGUGCCAGGGGUCCCCCUAUCACCCCAGUCAUGACUACUGGCGACCUUUCCAAGUUGGAUUGCGUCAAGGGCUUUGGUGUGCUUGAAUUCAUUGGCGUCUGCGACUUCGCCUGUGCGAAUGGCUACUGCCCCAGCGCCGCCUGUACUUGCCUUAAGAAGGGCGUCGCCAAUGCCCCUAAUGACACGGGACUGGUGGGCUAUCUGCUCCCCAGGAAGAGCGGCUCCUUCGCGGGGCUCUACAGUUUCGACUGCAACCACGGGUACUGCCUGGACUUGGUUUGCGGUCAGACUCCCAACGACGGCGGCCUCUGUGACUUUAGAUGCCAUCUUGGCUUCUGCCCCAUCCACGCUUGCACCUGUACCUCGACCGGCAUCUUGGUUCAGACACCGCCCAAGAUGAAUGACAAGUAUCCCACCGUCACCCUGGAUCCCGCCUGUGCGCCCCCCUGUGUCCUUGUCCUCCCACCCUCUUCCCUUGCCAGUCUGACCACCAUCUCCUUCGACCCCUGGCAAACAUCUCUUGAGUUCGGGUGGAUGACAAUGGAUAUGGUUGAUGGCACCGUGACGACCUACUAUACUGCUGUCACCGUCUCCACUGAGAUUUCCAUCCUGCUGGUGACCACGGACCUCAUCAGCUUCUCGGAGGUGAUCCUAACCACGACAGUUGAUGGUGGCGUCCCGUCCAUCAUCAUCCCAAUGGCGAGUGUCAGCCCGCCCCCCUUUGUCAUCACACCGACUCCCGUCGCUGACAUCACAGUGGCGCCCGUAGCCCAGACCAUCUGUCUGCCUCCGUGGCCAUGGAGUGGCCCUAGUGCGAUGCCAGAUCCAAGCGGAACUUCCAUGACGACCUCUACUAGCGACCCUGUUGUUGUUCCUAUUGUUACCGGGCCGUUCCCCGCCACCGUUUUCCCCAUGGAAAUAGUAAGUUGGGUCAGGGACUGGCUCCCAGAGCCCACUGCAAUCCAGGUGGAUGGUGGUGAUCCUGUUCCUGUCAUUCCCUGCUGGGUCUGGUUCAUAUGUGGCAUUGUCUUGCCUGGCUUCAAAAAUCUGGGCAUCUACCCUAAGGGAGGCCCGCCGCCAGUUGGACCCAACCCACCCCUAGGACUCACACUGAAAAUUCCCUGGCCCCAAAUCAUCAUCGGCCCCGAUCGCAAGCCCACAUACCCGGACAAGCCAGACCCGGAGGAGGACAGCUGCGAGACAGCGACAGCCAGUGUGUGCACCACGACCCUCUCAUAUGGCAUUGUGGCCAAGCGGGCUGCUGAAGGGGCCGCCCCGACAUGGGCGCCUCAGAUCCCCUUUGAAGACGACAUCACGAUGAUGACUGUAAUUGCAACCACCGCCACGGCCAUUCCUUGUGUGGUUAUCCCUCGCGACCCGCGGAACAUCGACGGCAUCAGGACCACCCUGCAGCAGCAGCUUGGGGGCUCUGUGUUGGAUCUGUUCAAGUCCAGGAUGGACCAGCUGGGCACCAUGUUCUUCUUUGUCCCGGCCUUCACCAGCGACCAGACCGACGCCAUCUGGGCCACGCGCAGCGAGAUUGUUGAGCGGAAUUCGCCUGAUAAUAUGGUCUCACUUUCCUGGCCUCCUGAUAUUGGCCCUGUCCCAGUCCAGGGAGAUUAUAGGUUUGACUCGUCGGCGGGUGAGGGCACUUAUGUGUACCACGUCGACUUUGGCGCCCAGCCUUCGCACCCAGAAUUCAGCAACAUGUUCGGCUGGAUGGAAAAUGACCCUAAGUGGCAUGGAAGCUUGUGUCUCUCCAAGGAGGUGGGGAAGACAGUUGGCAUUGUGUGCAAGGCGACCGUGGUGGCGACCGCGUGGGACUUUCAAAAGUCCAUUAAUGAGCACUGGCUCGACGCGCUCGCCAAGGUGCACGCUAACAUAUCCACUGGGGCGAGGGGGCCAAGAAAGAUGGCCUUACUAAUUCAAGAGAUCAUCAAACUUGGUGCUGUGUUUGUCAUGGGCUCCGGAAACUCCCUUGGCUCUCCCAAUGGCUAUCUAGUGCUUUUCAGAGACCCUGCCAACCCCAAUCAUAUCCCAGAGCUCAUCGUCAUCGGGUCGGUUCUUGGACAAGGCAUUUUGGGCCAGCACGCCAAUGCGGACUGGGUUACCUGCUAUGCGCCUGGUUAUGUCACUGGUCUGGCAGCAUAUUUCUGCGGCCUCAAUUCCACCUUGACCACCGCCGCUAGCGUGAAGGAGAGGAUUCUGCGCCUUACAUACUGCUGGCAGCUGCAGCCCAACCACCCCGAAGGGCCCUACCAGAGGUAUAUCAACAAUGUGGGCCGAUCCAUUGUCCCCAAAUGCAGUGACUUCUCCAAAGCAAAACGGCAGAGCAGCGGCGGGUCCUGCCCUGUUCUGACUUGCGCCGGCGCUGGCUGUGGCAGCAGCUGCGCAGGCUUCUUCUGCCCUGGCACCCUGCUUAAGCAGAACCUGGACUUCCUGGACCCGCCUAACCUGGACAGCGUGCAGAACCUGGACAGCCGCUACUACAAGGACUGGGAUGGCACCAUCACUUGCACCACCACUACCCCUACUAAAACCAUCCCCACCACCACUCCAACGCCUCCCAAAAGCUUGAGCGUCCCAAUCGGAGGCCCCUGCCGUCUUACUGAUGAAUGCGAGGAUAACUGCCCUAAGCCCGGGGCCGUUCAAUGCGAAUCCGGAGUGUGCACUUGCUUGGCCCCGCCUCCCAAAACUACCCCGCCUCAUGCAGCGAUGUGCUAUGAUGUCCAGCAGUGCUUGAAUGUUUAUACCUGUGCGUCUGGGGACACGAUGGUGUGUGAGCCAACAGACUAUUCCAAUGGGAAUGGGCUCUGCCAAUGUAUUAAAGGGAAUCCCAGUUGA